UACAAACUAUUUAUUGAGUGAUUCCAGUUAAGUCGAAUCGAAAUAAAAAAUGGAAAAUAUUCAUUUUUAUCUGGUGAGUAUUUUUUUAUCAUGUUAUGUUAAAUUAAGCAUAGCCACCAUAGCUGUCGGAAUGACGAAUUCAACGAAUACUUUAAGGAGUCCUGCAGUUGCUGCCAAUCAAAAAUUAUUUAGUGAUAAGCCAAACGCCUUAAAUGUUUCAUCUACUAGUGGAUUAACUAAUACAAAUUAUCAUCCUCUGCAGACUAGUGGUUCGAGUACAACAAAAAUAUCGGCAAAAAAUAAACCCGAUGAAUAUAGAGUUGAUCUUAAUAAUUUAACAGAUACUCCCUACGAUAAUCCGGGAGAAUCUAAUACACUUUCAUUCCAGCUGUAUAAUGCUACAGCCGGUGUUUUGAAUUUUUUAUUAGAAAAUUGGUUAAAUCAUAAAGAGGAGCUAGACAAAAUGGCAGAAUAUUUUCAGAUUUCGGAUGAUAUUGUUCUAACAGUGAAUGGUUCGAUGGCGCAACUAUUCGAGUUUCAACGUAAUAAUAAUGAAAUAAAAAUAGAAAAUUUAUCAAAUUUAUUCUAUUACUUGCUCGACAUAGAACACAUGAGUAAAAGAGAUGACGUGAACGUCAUUGAAAAGACUUUGAAGGAUUUGAAAUCGAAAAUACAAUUUCAAGAUUUGCUGAAUUCUAUUGGUGGAGGUUUGAACAAUGGAAUUGAUAGUCUCAUUAAUAGUUUAAAACUUCUGGUAAAUGAUUUUGAAAAAAAUACUCAGAAUUUGAGUUAUAUUAUGGUUAAUGUAGUAUUGAUGAAAGGCAUGAUGCUGAUAAAAAAAUCGAGUGAAAAUAAUUUUAAUAAAAUGAUUAACGCGUUAUCUAAUGAUUAUUUAAGCGAAGUUAGAGCAAACCAAUUCGAAAUAGAAAGAUCGCCGAUAGACCAGAAUCACGUAAAAUUAAUUAGAAAUGUGAUGCCUAUUAUAUUUGGCAUAUUGUACACCCACAUCGAAUUAUUAACUGAGUUGAAUAACUAUACAAUAGAUGGAGAUCAAGAGAAAAGAAUAAAUAGUUUGAAUAAAUUUUUUUCAGAGAUUAUGAAUAUCUUUAUAAACCGUUAUUUCAUUUUCGGAAACAAGAACAAAAAAACAGAGUUACAAUCAAUACAACAAUUGUUGAAAAUGUUGGACCCGCCUAAAAAUAUGGAUGACGGGAAAACUCCAGAAUCAAAAUCAAAUAUAAUUACAUCAACGUUUUUAGAUACAACGGAAAAUGCGAUUGCUGAAGUAUUGAAUCUAGUUGGAAAAAAUGAUGUAAAUGAUUGGAAACAGAACAAUGUUUUCAAAAUCGAUUACCAAAAAGAUAAAAAUAAAGAUUAUUAUAUGGAACAGUUAAAUAUAAACGCCGAAUUACUUUAUACGUUGUUAGAGUCAUUUGAAAAUCGUUUUUUAACAUCAGUCGAAUUUAUAAGAAAUAAUAAUAUAUAAUGAUAAUAUGUUAUAAUACAUUUAACAUAUACAUUUGUCUUAAAAUUCCAGUUUAUAAUGACGUACUUGUCAACCUCAGUUAAUUUUUACUAAUUUAGGUAAGAAUAAUUUUGUUAAACACAGUCCACUUAACCGUAUACUGAUAUCUUGUAACAGUUGUUACAACCACGCAAAUUUUGAUUUUUUUAUACAACUAUUAUGUUAAGAAAUUGAAGGUAUAUACGUACUAAUCACUACCUUAGAUAUAUUUUCUUUAUUUAAUAUUUGAUUUUGGCAUGUAUCAUUAUUACUUUAAUCUAUUACUAAAUCAUGAUCUAUCUUUAUCAUAUUGUAUAAAAUAUCCUAUUAUACCUACUCUAUAUAUGUUGUUAAUUGGAUGCACACUGUAAUUUUUAUUGUAUUUCUAUACUUAAUUACUCUUCGAGGGUGUCACUAAAUAAAUAAAUAAAUAAAUAAAUAUACAUCAUUAUAAUGAAAGUGACGAGGUUGUAGAUUAAAAAUUUAACA